AGCAGAUUUUUUGGCAAGUGUAGAGCACUCCGAAAGAAAAAAAAAAAGGGAAAUUAUCACAACUACCGGCAAGUUUCGCGGAUUUGAUUGGGGGCAGAUGUCAAGAAAGCAGACUCUCUCUCACUCAGUAUUUUAUAUUUAUGAAAUUGCAAGACUCUGAAAUCGCAGAGCACGCUUGGGCCUUCGAGGCAGCGGCUAGCUUAAUUUAGCUAGGGGCAACAUUGCAUUUAGCACCACAGCCUGGCCGGAGACCACUGAAGUGUCGUGCUCGCCGGCUAAUGUCGACUAGCCGCCUGUUCAGAAAGACAAGUAACGUUACACCAGCUAACGUUAAAACUGGCCAUCGCGGAGGGAAAAUCUAGCUGUCUAAAAUGAUAAUUGACAACCUUGAUGCCUUGAAAACAUGGCUUUCUAAAACCCUCGAGCCCAUCUGUGACGCCGACCCCUCUGCCCUCGCUAAGUAUGUCGUUGCUUUGGUAAAGAAAGACAAGAGUGAAAGGGAACUCAAAGCUCUGUGUAUUGACCAGCUGGAUGUAUUUCUUCAGAAAGAGACUCAGACAUUUGUGGAUAAGCUGUUUGAAGCUGUGAACAACAAAAGCUACCUCCCUCUGCUGGAACAGUCUUCUGUGGUCAAAGCUGAUAUUUACGUGAAGCAAGAGAAAGAUGAUCAAAAAAAGGAUGAGACAAAUCGAGAUGAGGAACGAGAGAAAAAAUUUCCCCGACGAGUGAAUCACAGCCCUCCACAAUCAAGCUCUCGCUACAGUAGAGAUGGCAGGCGUGGAGAUGACCGGGGCAAGAGGGAUGACCGCUCCAGGAAGAGAGAUUAUGACCGCAACCCUCCAAGGAGGGACUCUUAUCGUGAUCGCUACAACCGCAGAAGGGGCCGCAGCCGCAGCUACAGCCGGAGUCGUAGUCGUAGCUGGAGCAAGGAACGCAUGCGAGACCGGGAAAGAGACAGGGAUAGGGAACGGGAUAGAGACAGGGACAGAGAUAGAGACAGGGAUCGAGACCGCAGUAGGAGCAGGUCACACAGCAGAAGCCGGUCAAGAAGCCGGACUAGAGAACAUGAUUCCGGGAAGUUAAAGUAUGAACACGACAGGACAGACAGGCCUGAUGGUGGUGAGGGCUACACACCUACAAUCUUGGUUUCCACUGCAGCGACUUCACAUUUCCCUGUGCCAACACUAAGCAGCACUAUCACAGUCAUUGCUCCCACACAUCACCAUAGCAACAACACCACCGAGAGUUGGUCAGACUUCCCCUCCGAACACCCUGUGGAUCGUGGCCCCUUCAGCAGGGCCCCACCUUCUCAACAGAGAAAACGUUGCCGUGACUACGAUGAAAAAGGUUUCUGCAUGCGAGGGGAUAUGUGCCCCUUUGAUCACGGCAGCGACCCAGUUGUUGUGGAGGAAGUUAACUUGCCCAAUAUGCUUCCCUUCCAACCUCCGCCCAUCCCGGGUGUGGAGCCACAGCCACCACCGGGCCUCCCACCCCCACCCCCACUCAUGAAUCCCCCACCAGUGAACCUGCGCCCACCCGUGCCCCCACCGGGCACCUUGCCACCUAGCCUCCCACCUGUUGCAGGUCCCCCUCCACCUCUUCCGCCUUUGCAAGCCUCAGGCAUGGAUGCUCCACCCAACUCUAUCACCAGCUCUGUGCCCACCAUUGUCACCACUGGGAUCCGCUCCUCACUCCCCCAGGCAUCAGGCCCACUCUUUACCUCUGACACCUACGAGCCAGAUGUAUACAACCCGGAAGCCCCCAGCAUUACCAGUACCUCCCGGCCCAUCUACCGCCACCGGGUCAAUGCUCAGAGACCAAACCUAAUAGGCCUCACCAUGGGAGAGAUGGACCAUCCUCAGAGGGAUAAGAUGUCAAAUAACAGGGUUGUGAUGGAGUCUGACUCCAGGAAAAGACCUGUCGGGCCUCAUGAUAGCAGCAUUCCCCCCAAGAAACCUUGGUUUGACAAACCCAACUAUUGCAAGCCCAACCAUCAGGGUUACCAUAAGAGAGUCCCUUUCAAUUCCCCUAACACCAAGCUACUAGUCCGGCAGAUCCCGCAUGAGCUCAACAACAUCAGCAAGCUCAAUGAACAUUUCAGCAAGUUUGGCACCAUUGUCAACCUGCAGGUAGCCUAUCGAAAUGACCCAGAGGGGGCUCUCAUCCAGUUUGCUUCCCCUGAUGAAGCCAAGCGAGCUAUGCAGAGCACAGAGGCUGUACUCAACAACCGAUUCAUUAGGGUACACUGGUAUCGUGAGGAUGGAGGAGAGGGUCAAGGACAGGGGCAGGGUCAGACUCCAUCACAACAACAGCCACAGUCACAGCCAGGAGUGCCCCCAGCCACCACCUUGAAACAGUCUGUCAAAGAUCGGCUUGGACCCCUGAUUACAGCAAACUCUGAGCCCACCCAAGAUUCCAGCAUUGCGUCUCAGAAUGCUACCAAGACAUCGGUGAAGGAUCGUCUGGGAUUCUCUGCCAAACCAACACUUUCUGUUAAGAAGGUAUUUACAACCUCCACAGGGUUGACCAAGACUGUAUACAAUCCUGCUGCCUUGAAGGCAGUUCAGAAGACCACCGAGGAAGCCCUGAAGAAGAAACAGGAAGCUUUACGACUGCAGCAAGAUGUAAGGAAGAAGAAGCAGGAAAUCCUGGAGAAGCACAUUGAAACACAGAAGCUGCUGAUCUCCAAGCUGGAGAAGAAGAAAGCAAUGACGCCAGAAGAGAAGUCAAAGACAAUGGAGACCUGGAACGCUCUGACCAAGAGCAUCACUAAACUGCAGGAGGAGAUCAUGGGAAUCUCAAGUAGCAACAACCCACCACGUACAGCCAAGAGCAAAGCCCAGGCUCAGAAGGAGCUGCUGGAUACUGAGCUGGACCUCUACAAGAAGACUCAGGCAGGAGAGGACACUGCUAAACUGAAGAUUAAAUACACCCAGCUGCAAAUUGAGGCUGCUAAAUGGGGUCUCCUAACACCAGGAAGAGGUCGGGGGGUUCAUGCCCGGGGCAGAGGAUCCCUCAGAGCACGUGGAAGGGGUGCUAGAGGGCGAGGAAGAGGUGUGCCACUGCAUGCUGUGGUGGACCAUCGACCACGAGCUUUGGAAAUUAGUGGGUUUACAGAUGCAGACCGGGUCGAGCUGCUGCCACACUUUGCUCAAUUUGGUGAGAUCGAAGACUGCCAGAUUGAUGAACACACCUUAUGUGCAACCAUCACUUACAGGACCAGAGCUGAGGCAGAGCAGGCAGCAGUACAUGGUGUGAGGUUGAACAACCACAGUCUUCAUCUGGCUUGGCAUAAGCCUGUUAUGACCCUAAGGACAGCAGACGCAGAUGAAGCAGAGCCAGAGGAUGAUGAGCGUCUCAAUAUUUCUAGUGCCAUUUGUUCACUUGAAACCAUGGAGAGAAUUUACCUCAGGCUUUAUUCUCAAACCAGUUCCAGGAAGAGUCGCUGAGUGAUGAUGCGUUGCUCCAAGAUGAUGACGAGGAGGAAGAUGACAACGAGCCUCGGCCCUGGCGCAGAUGAAGAUCAGCAGAACAGUCUCUUGGGUUACAUUGGCAUAGAUGACGUGCAGCUGACGCUACAAGUCAAGUCAAUUUUAUUUGUGUAGCCCAAUGUGACAAAUUUGCGACUUUUCAAUGCCUGAUUUUAAAAUAGCUAGGCACAUUUCACUUUGGCUAGUCUUCUUUUUUUCCCUGAAAUAUGUACUGGCAAAAGUACCAUGUGUAGUUUUGAUUCAGUUUAAUGUGUAUACCCCUUUCAACAAUACUGUUUCUUUUCUUAAUGCUCUUAAACUGUAGAGAUGGUUUGAUACAUUUUUGCUAUUUUGGUUCAUAAAACAUGGACUGGUUCGAAAUGUGACAUUCAUUCAUUCAGUAUCCAAACCGCUUAUCCUUACUCAGGGUCGCGGGGAUGCUGGAGCCUAUCCCAGCAGUCAUUGGGCAGCAGGCGGGGAGACACCCUGGACAGGCCGCCAGGCCAUCACAGGGCCGACACAUUCACACCUAGGGACAAUUUAGUACGGCCAAUUCACCUGACCUACAUGUCUUCGGACUGUGAAUAUGACAGUAGAUCAGAUUAUGAUGCAGACGUGUUAUGUUUAAUUCUUGGUUUGAGUUGUCAGAAAACAUUACAAAUCUGUGUAACAAUACUGAAGGAAAGACCAUAGAGUUUGCUGAAUAGUAUUAGACCACUGGAUAGUUGCUCAUGUGUAAAUAUUUUAUGUAUGGGUUUUAAUGAUUGGUAUGAUGGCUUUGCUUCUUAAUUUUUUUGGCUUUACUUUGGACUUGUGUAAAAAAAAAAAGAAAAAAAAAGAAAAAAUAAAGAUUUGAAAUGGUCUGGGGAAAAAAUGAUAGCUGCAACAAAAUGUAUAUUAAAAAUAUUGCAGCAAUAGCAAAAGAAUAAUAAUUGUGGGAAAAAACAGCUGAAAAAGACCAUUUCAAAAAAAAAAAUAACUUAAUUUUUCACAAAAGAGCGAAAUUCCUGACAAAAAAAAUCCCUGUUACAUCCACAUUUUUUGAUAUGGUAAGCGAAGGUAUUAUACAGUAUCACGUCCUUUACCAAGGUAAGAGAGCGCCGCAUAAAUAUCUACAUACAGUGUUUGUGAUGGUUUUUAGUUUCACCAUUAGCAGUGCAUGCUCCUCAGAAUGCAGUAUUUCAGUAUGCAUGCUAGACGUGGGGGAAGACAUCUGUUUCUCCUUGCAGGAGCGUGCAGCAGAGUUAAAACCUUUGUGUUCUUCAUUUUGCUCACAGGAGCAGUGUGGCAACAAGACCUUAAGUACGCCUUACUCCACGAGGCCUCAGCGCCGUCAAGACUGAAGACUUUUUAUGACUCGCUAAAAGUUUUAUUAUGUAUUUGCUGUAAAUAUCAUUUUCCUACAUGUUUUUACAUACUCAACCCUGUGUGAAAAAAACAGAACAGAAAUGAGAAUAUA